CAGCAAAAGGAAACAAGGGAAUGUCAAGAGUUGUCACACAAAAGGCUGCAACUGCAAGCGCUCUAGCUGCCUGAAGAACUACUGUGAGUGUUAUGAGGUUAAUGUAGUGAGCGUUCCCAUGAUAGGACAAGGUACAAGCAAGUGAUGUCUCUCUCAGGGGGUUGUAUCGAACCUUGGGUCCUGUUGUUAAAGAAGGACAUAAAUAGAGGAGAAGAGAACUGGACCGUUCAGAUAGUUUGUUUCUUCUGAUCAUUAACAAUUCUUGAUCCAACGAAAAUGAUAUCAAGAAUGUGGAUUUUAUGGACUUGCUCAGUUGUGUUAUUUCUACUGGUGAUCGAGUGUCAUUGCAUUCAAAAGACCACAUUGUCUAAGAACUGGGGACCACAGUCAAUGCUUUACCUAAAAGGAAAACAUGGAAGACGGUUUGUACCUGACGUUGAUGACAUUAUAUCUAAUUCAGGGUUGAAAAGCUGGUACGCAGUUCUCAAAGGGUUUCAGAAACUGAAGUUGUUGAAUGCAAGACAACAAUCAGGAAUGUUCACAACACAGAACUUUGUUUACCGUUAGCUGGAGUAGGACGUCUACAGUAUGUACAGUGUGGCAUAUUUUGUAAUGUCUAUAAUUCAAAGUAAAUCUAUUUAUGUCAGAUAUUUGGGGGAAAACUAAAUGUUUUUGUCUGCUGUGUAAUGAUGUCCACUGCUCAGAUAGGAUAGGAUAAUUUCUAAAAACUAAUGCUUUUUUGGUUUAAGUUCACUUACAACAUUUUCUGUGUGUUAAUAGUUUACAACCAGAAU